GAACUUAAUGAGCACGUAACGUCGUUGCACUUUGUGUCUGGUGCCCGAAGAUCUCAGCGGCUGCGCCUGUCUGUGGGGUGAUCCCUGCGUUAGUGCCUUGGAAAUGAGGACAUGAGCUCAUUGCGGGUAGGAGCUGGAGGAGCCUGUGUGCGACUCCUGGAAACCCCCGAAUAGAUUCCACCUGCACGCGAAGGGCGAGGCUGCCAUCAGGGCACGGUUACACAGGGUGUGGGUGCCUGGGAGCACAGAACGCAGGUCACUGCUCUCUGAUGCACCUUCUACUUAUCCUGAUUUUCAUCUGCUUCAUCCCCUCCUGGCUUCCGUGCAAAUAAUGGCCUUCCUUUGCUGCCUCCCAGCUGUAUGUCUGAUGUAGAAGGAGGCCUGCUGCUUUGUAAAUAAUGAAGUACCACAAGCAUCGUCUUGCAGCAGCUAUUGAUUUCUUUUCAAAGUGCUUAAUGUUUUCUUUAUUUUUUUUUUUCUUUCCCCAUUGGUUUCAAGAAGGAUUGGAGCUAUGUUGCUUGAGACUAGUGUUCUACUUUAUUUUAAAACAAAAGUGAGUAAAAGUAGGAAAAAGAGUGAAAAUUAUGGGGUUACAUGGAAGUAAUUUGAAUGAAGUGACCUUUAACCAGGGAGUUCGUGGAUGGUGUUACUAUUAGCUGAGACCAGCAGGAGACUGGAUGUUUUAGAGUAAGUAGCACUGCAGUCACCAAGCCAGGAAUUCAGGGAGUGCAAGUACAGUAGCCAGAAGGGUAGGCAGGUUGUAAUUCCUCCCUGUGGAGAAAUUUCCUGGCAGUGUGUUCAGCAGGUUUGGAAAGAGAAAACAAAUUGCUGACUGUAGGAGGACUUCAGAGCUGAGCAGAUGUUUUGGGGUUUUGUUUUUGUUUGGUUAUUGGUGUUUUGGUUUUUUUUUUUUCUUUCUUUUCUAGAAAAAUAUAACUUAUACAUCAAGAUGUAGGUGCUCCUGCUCCCAAGGACUCCAAGAGCAGCUCAGCUGCAUUCUGUAUGCCACUUCUAUGUUUCUAAUUAAUGAUUAAUUGGUACCUCUCAGUUACUUGCCUUAGAGCUCUGCGUGUAUUUCACCAAGACCAGAUAAUAGAUGGUGCAAGUACUUCAUUAUGUCCUGCGUUACUGCAUCUUGGCUUACAGUAAACUGUAUUUUUUCCUCCAUUGGUCUAAGAGCUAGAAUCUAAUUUCUGUGUGUGGAGAAUGUGGGAAGUAAUCCUUACAGGUAGUGCAUCUUUACAGUAUACAAAGGUAAGGAAAAAUGAGUGUGAAGGCUGAAGAAUAGAAUGGGGGAAUCUCCAGUUCAUCCCAGCAAACUGGUUAUUUCUGUACUGGCAAGCAAUCCACGAAUUGUCAUUUUUUUCCCCCUUUCUUUCCUCCUCAGCUCAGUGACAGCACCGUAAAACACAUACUUGCUCCAGUGUGGACAGUAAGCACUGAAGGCUCAGGUCUGCUGUGGACAGUCUGCCACUGGCUUCGGUGAGAGCAGAAUUUGGCUUAAAUCAAAGUGGCAGCCAGCACUCCGCACUCAGGGAAGCAAGGGAUAUUUGUGCUGCAUCCUGUUGUGUCAUCCUGUCUCUUGUUAUGCUCCUGCUCUCCUGAUUCGGAGGACCAGCUGAUGGAUGUACGUUGGUGAGAUGAGACAUGGAUCAACAGAGACGUGACCUCAGUGCAACUAGCUGCCCCCAUCUGUUAAAAGUCUCAUUUCCGAAAGGCUUCGGUGAUUAAUAUUGUUUGGAAAAGAAACAUUGCUGGGGAGGAAUCCAAUGAAUUUAUUAAUGAGCUGGGGUAGCCCUGGUUCCUUGAGAGCACACAGAGUAUUGGAUGCUUGUGGUAAGCCAUGGCAGCUGAUGAUAAGGUUGCCAUUUUAACCGAUGAUGAAGAAGAACAGAAGAGAAAAUAUGUGCUUGCUGAUCCUUUCAAUGGCAUUUCUAAGGAUCAAGACUUGCAUCCCCAGAAUGAAUCCCCUUCAACAGAGACAACCACUGUCCCAGAUGAAGAGCUAGACUGGUUAGAAAAGCACUGCGUCAAAAUCAACAACGAUCUUCUGAUCUCAAAGGUCUUCUAUUUUUUCUUCUAUUCUGCAUAUGGCUCUCUCUACCCCUUGCUCCCUGUAUAUUACAAGCAGCUGGGUAUGUCACCCAGUCAGAGCGGACUUCUGGUGGGCAUCAGGUACUUUAUUGAGUUCUGCAGUGCUCCCUUCUGGGGAGUGGUAGCGGAUCGCUUCAAGAAAGGGAAGAUUGUCCUUCUCUUCUCACUUUUAUGCUGGGUUUUAUUUAACCUAGGGAUUGGAUUUGUUAGACCAGCCACCUUAAGAUGCGUACCAAAGGGCCUUCCCCCAGCACAUCCCACCAAUGCAAGCAGCCUUUUAACUACCAUUUCACAAAACGCCUCCGUGUCAUCUGCACUAACAACCGUGAGUACUGCGUCCCCAAAAGUUCGUGGGAAGAGAGACCUGCUCACUUCCAGGCCAGUCACGUUGGGAGCUACAGGGACUGCUACUCCUGAAGUAACAUUUCUGUUACCUACACGGAGCGGUGAUGUGGAGUUUACCUUGGAAAACAGUACUCAUUUGAUUUUGAAAAACACCACUGUCACCACCUCACUGGGGAACGUGACCCCAAGCACCACCCCAUCUGCCACCACCACCAAGCUGUUACCUUCUGACCAAGCCAUGCUGGUUUAUGAUCAACAAGAAGUAGAAGCCAUCUUCCUGCUCAUUCUGCUGGUUGUCAUCAUAGGAGAAUUUUUCAGUGCUUCCUCUGUCACUAUUGUGGACACGGUGACUCUGCAGUACCUCGGCAAGCACCGGGAUCGGUAUGGCCUGCAGCGUAUGUGGGGGUCUCUGGGCUGGGGGCUGGCCAUGCUCUCUGUGGGAAUCGGCAUCGACUAUACCCAUAUAGAAGUUGCCAUUGAAGGUCAAGGAUGUAAAGCUCCUGAAUACAAGAACUACAGAAUAGUCUUCAUUGUUUUUGGUGUUCUGAUGACAAUGGCAUUAAUUGUGGCCACCCAGUUUCGAUUUCAUUAUACGCACUUCAAGCAAGAUGAAAAUAAGAAAAAAGAGGUGGAAAUACCACAGGUGGACAGAAAUGCCUCCAACGAAUCCUCUGACAACACUCCUACAACCAGUAUGAGCCAAUCACAGUCUUUCAGUUUUUGGGACCUAAUAAAACUGCUGUGUAGUAUCCAGUAUGGCUCGGUGCUCUUUGUGGCGUGGUUCAUGGGCUUUGGGUAUGGCUUUGUGUUCACCUUUCUCUACUGGCACUUGGAAGAUUUGAACGGUACCACCACUCUCUUUGGAGUCUGCUCUGUGCUCAGUCAUGUGUCUGAGCUGACUGCCUACUUCUUCAGCCACAAACUGAUUGAGUUGGUUGGUCAUAUCAGAGUGCUCUAUAUUGGUCUUGCCUGCAAUACUGCCCGCUACAUUUACAUCUCCUAUCUGGAAAACGCUUGGACGGUUCUCCCGAUGGAAGUACUUCAAGGUGUCACGCACGCAGCCAUAUGGGCGGCCUGUAUCUCCUACCUGAGUGCAGCAGUGCCCCCGGAGCUGAGGACGUCGGCCCAGGGCAUCCUGCAGGGCCUGCACCUGGGCCUGGGUAGAGGAUGCGGGGCAAUGGUUGGAGGAGUUUUGGUCAACUACUUUGGUCCUGCUGCCACAUUCAGAGGAAUAGGAAUGGCUUGUUUAGUGAUUCUUCUUCUGUUCGCACUGAUCCAGUGGCUGUUGGUUCCUGAUGAAGAAGAAGAAAAAACAAUGCUGGCAGAAAGGAUCCCAGUGCCUUCCAGUCCUGUUCCCAUAGCAACUAUUGACCUUGUACAACAGCAGUCAGAAGAUGUCAUGCCUCGGACUGAGCCCAGGCUGCCUCUGAAGAAAACGAAACACCAGGAGGAACAGGAGGAUGUGAACAAGCCUGCCUGGGGUGUCAGCUCUUCUCCUUGGGUCACCUUAGCUUAUGCUAUCUACCAGAUAAAGGAGAUGGUUAAGCUAUCCAAAACCUAUCCUAUGCCUGAGAAUCAGCCAUUGCAGAAAAUCAAUGAGAAUUGCAAUACGUUGGCCAGCUCGGAAAGGCAACCGACAGAUUCUGGGCAGUCCAGAAAUUGUUCGACACCAACAGCACCAUCAGAUUCCCAAGUUGAUGGUGACCGCCUGGCAUCGGACCGUGAUGCUCAGCCUGCCGCCGCGGGGCCCUGAGAUGCUCUCAUCUUAUCAAAUCCAGUGCAUGGAAUUCUGCUUCUCACCUGGGAAACGCUGGAGUAGGAGCUCAAAAGUAGGACUUCCUUCAUCUUAACGAGCAUAAUGUGAUGCAGUGCAAGUGCUUUUAACUAUAUAAAAAACAAUAUUCACAUGACUACACAGAGCAACACGAGCAGGGAAGCCAAAAGAUUGGAAUGCUGGAGGGAAGUGAUGUGGUCGGAUCUAAAUGUAGGAAGAAUUCUUGGCUGCUUUGCUAAGGCUUAGUCAAGUGCUAUGAGAUUUCUUUGCAAUCUGUAGAAAAAGGAGAGUUUGCUCAUCGCUUGCUGAGGCCAGAGUGCCUGACUUGGUCAGCUAUUUAUUUUUUGUUUUUCAAUUUCUUCAUGAAUCAAAAUGAAAAGACUUUUUAAGAGAGAAACCGAGGUUUCCCUGCUUAGCGUAUUAAAGAUAUUGGAUCCAAUACAUAUAGAAGCAGUGUAGAACUGUAAAGAUUUCUCAGAAGCAGAAUAGCUUUUAGCAAGCGUAGCUUCAUAUUAUGGUGAUGGAAUAAAUAAAACAUAUUCAAAGAAUAUGUUUUUCAAAGCUAAUGUUAUCUUGUUUGACAUGACAGUUUAGUUCUGUAAAGGAGAGAUUUUGAAGUGGCAUUUUAGUGAAGCAGAAGAGCUAGAAGAAGGCUUUUAGAGUGCUUGCAGCCCUUCUUUUGGGCGCUGUGUGUGUGUGUGUGUGUGUGUGUGUGUGUGUGUUUGGGUAACUUUAGGUUUGACGUUGUAUUGAGACAACAACCAUCUUUGAUCAAGAUUGCACAACCUGAGAUUGAUUGAGGUUUCAGUGGGCACACUGGUUUUCUUUUUUAUUAUUUAUUUCAUCAUCUGUACAAUGGUUUAUUUAAUGAAGUGUAGUUACUGUGCUUAUUUAUUAAGAAGACAGCAAGCUUUAAGUGCCUGGGGAAGGGGGGACGGGCGGGGAGAAUCACCUAAUAAUCAUAAUGAUUAGAAUUUCAGGGGCAAAGUUGUUGAUGCAGAAAUCAAGUAGAGAGAUUCUCAGGACGAAGCGUACGUAACUAAAUUGCAGGAAUUUACUUUGCCCGUUGUUGAGACACUGGAAGACUCUGGAUUGUUCUGUCAUACUGUUCACUAAUAGCCACAGCCAGCUUCCUGGCUGGUGUGUGGUGAAAGCUGCUGCUGAAGGGAGAUCCUUGGGCUCGAGGAGGAGCCAGGUGUUCAGUCAGGAUAGUGUUCUGGCCCCUUGGCUUACACCCACAGCUUGUUGUUGGGAGAUUCUGAGCACUCAGCUUCUGCAGGACUCGAGUAGGUACUGCUCAGCCCUCUGUGAAGAUGUCAGUGUCAGCCUUCCAAGGGAUGGUGCGUGCUCCUGGACCGUGUGGCCUGCGCAGCGAUGCAGGGGCAAGCAGCAUGGGGUUAGGGGAGAGGAGGAUGGCAGCAGCUGAGCAGGAAAAGGGCAUACACAGCUUCAUCUGCUUUGACAUCCACUUAGCUGAGGGGUCUCCUGUAGCUGUGCUUUAGCUGUGCUUUUAGAACAACCUGUGUUCUGCUUGGGACCAACACCAUAGAAAAUGAACAUCGAUGACUAGCCACUAAUUACUUUUUUUGCACUUGAACUUACAUGUACUGUACUCACGUAAAUCCUCAUGACUUGUCUAAGUGUCCUUUAAAAUCAGAGAUGUAUUUAUUGUAUGUUUGUAUAACUUGGGGGAGAACUAAAGGACUGAACAGGCGACAGGACAGAAGGAUGCUAAAAACCAUCUUGAGACAAAGCAACCAUUUGUUGAGUUCAUGCUGUACGGUGUUACCUCAGCUUCUACUGCAUAGCACCUGGAUUGUGAGGUGAAGAGCUUGUACACUGUGUUUACACUUUGGAAUUGUUUCUUUGAAAUGCCUGCUCUUUUUGGAAUUGUAUAGUUGUUCUGUGUUGCAAAAUGGACAUGUACACUGGGUUUUGAUAUUUGUGAAACUGUAAAAACUGUGGUAAGAAAUAUAAAAUACCCAUAAUGUA